UGAGGACUAUGGAGGUGGGGUAAGGAAAGCAUUGAAACGAAACUGAAACUGCCAAUAUUAACACUAUGGCAUCCAAUUGUGGUCCCCCCAAAUGCUCUUUCUCAUCUACUUCCAAAAGCUGCUCGAGGCUUCCAAUUUCCAGGGCCCUCUCUGCCUGUACCAGCUGCCAAAGAAGCAAUCGUCAAAUCAGCCAGUGCCAGGCUAAGGUCUGUCCACCUAAUGUUUGCCAUCCAGUUCCUUGUCGCUCUCCCAGCUACCUCCUGAACAACUUCAAGGUAUCCUUCUGUGGAGCGAGCUGUGCUGAGGGCAGCUUAGAUAGCAAUGAGAAAGAGACCUUGCAGACACUGAAUCAACGCCUGGCUAACUACCUGGAGAAAGUGAGAAACCUGGAGCAGGAGAACGCCUGCCUAGAGUGCAAGAUCCGGGAGCAGCAUGAAAAGCAGACUCCCAUCGUGUGUCCCGAUUACCUCUCUUAUUUCAAGAUCAUAGAAGAACUUCAGCAAAAGAUCUUGUGCACCAAAGCUGAAAAUUCCAGGCUGGUCUCCCAAAUAGACAACACUAAAGUGACCGCUGAUGACUUCAGAGCAAAGUAUGAAAUUGAAGUGUCCCAGAGGCAGCUGGUGGAAACUGACAUCAAUAGCCUCCAUCAAAUCCUGAAUAAACUGACCUUAUGCAAGGCUGACUUGGAAGGGCGAGUGGAGUCUCUAAAGGAGGAACUCCUUCACCUCAAACACAACCAUGAAGAGGAAGUGAAUUCAUUACAGAGCCAGCUUGGUGACAGACUCAACAUAGAAGUGAAAGCUGCCCCUUCUGUUGACCUUAAUGAGGCACUGCAAAAAAUGAGAUGCAAAUAUGAGUCUUUGGUUGAGACUAACCGCAGAGAUGUUGAAGAAUGGUUCAAUACCCAGUUGCAGGAACUGAACCAGCAGGUAGUAUCCAGCUCAGAGGAGCAACAAUGCUUCCAGAAGGAGAUCUGUGAUCUGAGGUGCACCAUCAGUGCUUUGGAGAUCGAGCUGCAGGCCCAGCACAGCCUGAGAGCUUCUCAGGAAUGCAUCCUGAUGGAAACAGAGGGCCGCUAUGCCAUCCAGCUAGCCCAGAUCCAGUGUCUGAUUGAGAGCCUGGAAUCCCAGCUGGCUGAGAUCCGAAGUACACUGGACAGGCAGAAUCAAGAGUACCAGGUCCUGUUGGAUGUGAAGUCCAAGCUAGAGUGUGAGAUCGCCACAUAUAGACAUCUUCUGGAGAAUACUGACUGCAGGCUUCCUUGCAAUCCAUGUGCCACAGAAUGUAAGCCUUCACCUUGUAUGCCCUGCAUAUCCCGGACCAUGGAAUGUACGGCCCCCUCUUAUGUAACAUGCAGGCCGUGUAACUCUUCGGUUUGCAAUGUGAGAGCUAAGCCCCGCGAUUUCUAUUCAUCCCUGCCCAGGAUCCUCGCCAGAAUCUAUACUCUCACCCAGGAGUUUCAGGACGGGAAGGUCAUUUCUUCUCGAGAGCAUGUACAACCCUGUUUCAUCCCUCGCCUCCAAGUCCACGUUGUCAACGGAGACAAAGAAGGAGUGAGCUGAAUGAAUGUUACUACAUAUCCCAUUCACAAUCUUUCAAAAAUACUGCCUUCUCUGUCCCUUUGAAGGUAUUCAGUUUCUCACUCUGCAGUGUGUUUCCAUUGUAAGCUUCAGAUUUUCCUAUUCUUCAAUAUAAACUCAUAGUAUCAUAGGUUUAGAUAAUAUCAUAGAUUAGAGCUUAAGGAUUGUCUAUUCCAAAUCUUAUUUUACAGAGGAAGAGACAGAGGCCCAGAAAGCUUGUUAUCCACCCAAAGCCAAUUAAUUCAAUUUGAUUCAAUUCAACAAGCAUUUAUUAAGCACCCACUAUACACUAAACACUUUUCUAGAUGUGAAAGUACACAGACAAAAAUAAAAACAAUAAUAAUGAUAAUAAUACCUGGUACUUAUAUAGCACUUCAAGGUUUGCAAAGUGCUUUACUUAUUCAUUCUUCGAAUCCUCAUGAUUCUGUAAUGUUAGCAUGGGCUACUUGGCACAUAGUAGACACUUA